AUGGACACAGACACAGGUGAAAGACAUCAGGGCGUGGCAGACAUCAGGGCGGGGCAGACAUCAGGGCGUGGCAGACAUCAGGGCGUGGCAGACAUCAGGGCGGGGCAGACAUCAGGGCGGGGCAGACAUCAGGGCGGGGCAGACAUCAGGGCGGGGCAGACAUCAGGGCGGGGCAGACAUCAGGGCGGGGCAGACAUCAGGGCGGGGCAGACAUCAGGGCGUGGCAGACAUCAGGGCGGGGCAGACAUCAGGGCGGGGCAGACAUCAGGGCGUGGCAGACAUCAGGGCGUGGCAGACAUCAGGGCGUGGCAGACAUCAGGGCGGGGCAGACAUCAGGGCGGGGCAGACAUCAGGGCGGGGCAGACAUCACGGCGGUAUAUAAAUAAAGAAGAUCAGGGCGGGGCAGACAUCAGGGCGGGGCAGACAUCAGGGCGUGGCAGACAUCAGGGCGGGGCAGACAUCAGGGCGUGGCAGACAUCAGGGCGUGGCAGACAUCAGGGCGUGGCAGACAUCAGGGCAGGGCAGACAUCAGGGCGGGGCAGACAUCAGGGCGUGGCAGACAUCAGGGCGGGGCAGACAUCAGGGCGUGGCAGACAUCAGGGCGUGGCAGACAUCAGGGCAGGGCAGACAUCAGGGCGGGGCAGACAUCAGGGCGUGGCAGACAUCAGGGCGUGGCAGACAUCAGGGCGUGGCAGACAUCAGGGCGUGGCAGACAUCAGGGCGUGGCAGACAUCAGGGCGUGGCAGACAUCAGGGCGUGGCAGACAUCAGGGCAGGGCAGACAUCAGGGCGGGGCAGACAUCAGGGCGUGGCAGACAUCAGGGCGGGGCAGACAUCAGGGCGUGGCAGACAUCAGGGCGUGGCAGACAUCAGGGCAGGGCAGACAUCAGGGCGGGCAGACAUCAGGGCGUGGCAGACAUCAGGGCGUGGCAGACAUCAGGGCGUGGCAGACAUCAGGGCGUGGCAGACAUCAGGGCGUGGCAGACAUCAGGGCGUGGCAGACAUCAGGGCGUGGCAGACAUCAGGGCGUGGCAGACAUCAGGGCGGGGCAGACAUCAGGGCGGGGCAGACAUCAGGGCGGGGCAGACAUCAGGGCGGGGCAGACAUCAGGGCGGGGCAGACAUCAGGGCGUGGCAGACAUCAGGGCGUGGCAGACAUCAGGGCGUGGCAGACAUCAGGGCGGGGCAGACAUCAGGGCGGGGCAGACAUCAGGGCGGGGCAGACAUCAGGGCGGGGCAGACAUCAGGGCGUGGCAGACAUCAGGGCGUGGCAGACAUCAGGGCGGGGCAGACAUCAGGGCGGGCAGACAUCAGGGCGUGGCAGACAUCAGGGCGUGGCAGACAUCAGGGCGGGGCAGACAUCAGGGCGGGGCAGACAUCAGGGCGUGGCAGACAUCAGGGCGUGGCAGACAUCAGGGCGUGGCAGACAUCAGGGCGGGGCAGACAUCAGGGCGGGGCAGACAUCAGGGCGGGGCAGACAUCAGGGCGUGGCAGACAUCAGGGCAGGGCAGACAUCAGGGCGGGGCAGACAUCAGGGCGUGGCAGACAUCAGGGCGGGGCAGACAUCAGGGCGGGGCAGACAUCAGGGCGUGGCAGACAUCAGGGCGUGGCAGACAUCAGGGCGUGGCAGACAUCAGGGCGGGGCAGACAUCAGGGCGUGGCAGACAUCAGGGCGGGGCAGACAUCAGGGCGGGGCAGACAUCAGGGCGGGGCAGACAUCACGACAUCAGGGCGGGGCAGACAUCAGGGCGUGGCAGACAUCAGGGCGGGGCAGACAUCAGGGCGUGGCAGACAUCAGGGCGUGGCAGACAUCAGGGCAGGGCAGACAUCAGGGCGGGGCAGACAUCAGGGCGUGGCAGACAUCAGGGCGGGGCAGACAUCAGGGCGUGGCAGACAUCAGGGCGUGGCAGACAUCAGGGCAGGGCAGACAUCAGGGCGGGGCAGACAUCAGGGCGUGGCAGACAUCAGGGCGUGGCAGACAUCAGGGCGUGGCAGACAUCAGGGCGGGGCAGACAUCAGGGCGUGGCAGACAUCAGGGCGUGGCAGACAUCAGGGCGUGGCAGACAUCAGGGCGUGGCAGACAUCAGGGCGUGGCAGACAUCAGGGCGUGGCAGACAUCAGGGCGUGGCAGACAUCAGGGCGGGGCAGACAUCAGGGCGUGGCAGACAUCAGGGCGGGGCAGACAUCAGGGCGGGGCAGACAUCAGGGCGGGCGUGGCAGACAUCAGGGCGUGGCAGACAUCAGGGCGGGGCAGACAUCAGGGCGUGGCAGACAUCAGGGCGUGGCAGACAUCAGGGCGUGGCAGACAUCAGGGCGGGGCAGACAUCAGGGCGGGCGACAUCAGGCGGGCAGACAUCAGGGCGGGGCAGACAUCAGGGCGUGGCAGACAUCAGGGCGUGGCAGACAUCAGGGCGGGCAGACAUCAGGGCGGGCAGACAUCAGGGCGUGGCAGACAUCAGGGCGGGCAGACAUCAGGGCGGGGCAGACAUCAGGGCGGGGCAGACAUCAGGGCGUGGCAGACAUCAGGGCGGGCAGACAUCAGGGCGUGCAGACAUCAGGGCGUGGCAGACAUCAGGGCGUGGCAGACAUCAGGGCGUGGCAGACAUCAGGGCGGGCAGACAUCAGGGCGUGGCAGACAUCAGGGCGUGGCAGACAUCAGGGCGUGGCAGACAUCAGGGCGUGGCAGACAUCAGGGCGGGGCAGACAUCAGGGCGGGGCAGACAAUCAACACAGGGGAACCAGACAGGAACUACAAAUAA